AUGUCAGAUGAUUCCGCUUUGGUUGAAGGUCUAAAGAGUGUUUCUCUAACUGAUCGUAUAACAUCUAAGUUGACUGAUAGUCAAGUAGCCACAUUGAGUCAACUUCAGAAGCUACAGAAAACACGGGAUGACCUUGAGGUUGAGUUUAACAAGGAGCUUAAUGAGCUGAGAUCCAAGUACGAUUUACUUUACCAGCCACUCUAUGACUCUCGUUUUAAGGUUUUAACCCAGCCCUCAGGUGACGAGUACGGAACACCGAGCCUUCCAAAGUUUUGGCUGACUGCAAUGAAAAACAACAAGACUCUGAGACGCAUAAUUGAACUUCAUGACGAACCUGUUCUUGCAUACUUGAGCAACGUCAGUGCAGAGUUCCUGGAACCCAAGAAGCAGGAGUCCUUUAAGAUCGUAAUGACCUUCGACAAAAACCCCUACUUCACCAACACAACUCUGGUCAAACAGUACAACAUGAAGUCACUUGAUGGAGAAGUCGAGUCACUCCUGCAGGGAACCGUUGCGACUGAAAUCGACUGGUUACCUGAUAAAGAUGUCACCAAACAAACGGUUACUAAAAUACAACGCCAUAAAAAAACUAAGGAAACUAGAACCAGAGUUGAUUUUGAGGACAAGCCUAGUUUUUUUAGAUUCUUUACCGGGCAGGAGGUUCCAACAACUGAGGAAUUGAAUAAAAUGUCAAAACUUGAGAUAUCGGAACUUGAAAUGUAUGUCGAGGAAGAUUAUGAUAUUGGAAUCGUUCUUAGGGAUAAACUGGUGCCUGAAGCUAUAUAUUGGUAUUUGGGAGUUGUUGACGACGAGGACGCAGACGACGAUGAGCCAGACAGCUACGAAAACUCUGAAGAUUUAUCCUCAGAUUCCGAUUAA